UCCUAUUGUCUCCCCAACUCCACCCCCCAUGUAUCAGACCUCACACACGCCAGACCCUCGACCCUCAACAGAAACCAUCGACCCCAUCCAGACCUCCAUGUCCUUGUCGUCGGAGCAGCCUCCACCCUCUACAGCUCUCCCACCUGCCUCUCAAACACAAGUUUUCCAGCCUGUUUCCAAAGCUCCUCACAGCAGUGGCAUCAAUGUCAACGCAGCACCAUUCCAGUCAAUGCAGACAGUGUUCAACCUCAAUGCCCCAGUCCCGCCAGCUAAUGAGACAGAGGCUUUGAACCAGGCCAGCCAAUACCAGAACAGCUACAACCAAGCCUUCAGCAGCCAGCCGCAGCAUCCUGUGGAGCAGACGGAGAUGCAGUCAGAACAGAUGCAGUCUGUAGUUGGUGCCUUCCAUUCCCAAGAACAGUCAGGAGGCCAUCAACAGCCUUCCCAGCAGGGCCCAGGCUUCGUCAGGCAGGGUCAGUCCUUCUACAACAGCAGAGGCAUGUCUCGUGGUGGACCUCGCAAUGCCAGGGGCAUGAUCAAUGGCUACAGAGGCUCAUCGAAUGGAUUCAGAGGUGAGCUCACAACCUACAGCCACAAAUGAAUCCUUAAAAAGCCC